CGAGUCUCCAGAGCCGAGAGCUUUUGCGAGGGCCUUCGCGGGUUGCGGCGGCGCCGGGGCGGUGAGGGUCGGCCGGCUGUGGUCGGGCUGCGGGCGGCUCGGGCAGGUCGCGGGCGCCACAGGUGGAAGAAGAAAGGUGUCACUUUGGCAUGAAGAUAGACUCACUUAGACGUCAAUCUUUUAAGCUGAGUGCAUUGUGAUUUCCAAUAAUUGAGGCAGUGGUUCUAAAAGCUGUCUACAUUAAUGAAAAGAGCAAUGUGGCCAGCUUGACUAAGUCUCCAGUGUGUGCAACGCGGGCAGGACGGCACCGGGUCUCGACGGACUUGUGCAUGUUAGCAGUAUAGAUUUAUGUAAGGUGGUUUAAAACUCUGGUGUUUUAAAGUAGUCUUAACUGCUCAUAAUAUGGAGACAUAUGAGAGUCCCUCUCCUCUCCCGCGUGAGCCCGCAGGAGAAGCGAUGAUGGAGAACCGAGCUUGUCCCUUCCAAGUGCUGCCCCAUGAACAGUCUCCACCACCUCCCCUGCAAACGUCCAGUGAUGCAGAGGUAAUGGACGUUGGCUCUGGUGGUGAUGGACAGUCCGAACCUCCUGCCGAGGACCCAUUCAACUUCUACGGAGCUUCUCUUCUCUCCAAAGGAUCCUUCUCUAAGGGCCACCUCCUCAUAGACCCGAACUGUAGUGGCCACAGCCCGCGCACUGCCCGGCACGCACCUGCGGUCCGGAAGUUCUCCCCUGACCUUAAGUUGCUUAAGGAUGUAAAGAUUAGUGUGAGCUUUACUGAGAGCUGCAGGAGUAAGGACAGGAAGGUCCUGUACACAGGAGUAGAACGCAGCACUCGGGCCGAAUGUAACCACCUCCUUAGUCCUGUCAGCGGGGACUUGCAUGCUUGUCCCUUUGGCGGGAGUGUUGGUAAUGGGGUAGGUCUAGGGGGUGAGAGUGCAGAUAAGAAGGAUGAGGAAAAUGAGCUGGAUCAGGAAAAGAGAGUGGAGUAUGCAGUGCUCGAUGAGUUAGAAGAUUUUACUGACAAUUUGGAGCUAGAUGAAGAAGGAACAGGCGGGUUCACGGCUAAAGCAAUCGUUCAAAGAGACAGAGUGGAUGAAGAGGCCUUGAAUUUCUCCUAUGAGGAUGACUUUGACAAUGAUGUGGAUGCUUUACUAGAAGAAGGUCUCUGUGCUCCCAAGAAGAGGCGAAUAGAGGAAAAGUAUGGUGGAGACAGUGAUCAUCCAUCUGAUGGAGAGACAAGUGUGCAGCCAAUGAUGACCAAGAUUAAAACAGUGCUCAAAAGCCGUGGCCGUCCACCUACAGAGCCAUUACCUGAUGGAUGGAUCAUGACUUUCCAUAACUCUGGAGUCCCUGUAUACCUGCACAGAGAGUCUCGAGUGGUCACCUGGUCCAGACCCUACUUUUUGGGAACAGGAAGCAUACGGAAACACGAUCCUCCUCUAAGCAGUAUCCCCUGUCUGCAUUAUAAGAAAAUGAAGGACAACGAGGAACGGGAGCAAAGCUGUGAUCUCACCCCCAGUGGGGAGGUGUCACCUGUCAAGCCACUGGGUCGAUCUGCAGAGUUAGAUUUCCCUCUGGAAGAGCCUGACUCAAUUGGUGGAGACUCAGGGUCCUUAGAUGAAAAGGACCCACUAGGGGCUGAGGCAGCCCCUGGAGCCCUGGGACAAGUGAAGGCCAAAGUAGAGGUGUGCAAAGAUGAAUCAGUUGAUCUGGAGGAGUUUCGUAAUUACCUGGAGAAGCGUUUUGACUUUGAGCAAGUAACUGUGAAAAAAUUCAGGACUUGGGCUGAGCGGCGUCAGUUCAACCGGGAGAUGAAGCGGAAGCAGGCUGAGUCAGAGAGGCCCAUCCUGCCAGCUAACCAGAAGCUCAUCACUUUAUCUGUACAAGAUGCACCCACAAAGAAAGAGUUUGUCAUCAAUCCCAAUGGGAAGUCUGAAGUCUGCAUCCUGCACGAAUAUAUGCAGCGUGUCCUCAAGGUCCGCCCUGUUUAUAAUUUCUUUGAAUGUGAGAAUCCAAGUGAGCCUUUUGGUGCCUCCGUGACCAUUGACGGUGUGACUUACGGAUCUGGAACUGCAAGCAGCAAAAAACUUGCGAAGAAUAAAGCUGCUCGAGCCACACUGGAAAUUCUCAUCCCUGACUUUGUUAAACAGACCUCUGAGGAGAAGCCCAAAGACAGUGAGGAACUGGAGUAUUUUAACCACAUCAGUAUUGAGGAUUCACGAGUCUACGAGCUGACAAGCAAGGCCGGGCUGUUGUCUCCGUAUCAGAUCCUCCAUGAGUGCCUUAAAAGAAAUCAUGGAAUGGGUGACACAUCCAUCAAGUUUGAAGUGGUUCCUGGGAAAAACCAGAAGAGUGAAUAUGUCAUGGCAUGCGGCAAACACACAGUGCGCGGGUGGUGUAAGAAUAAACGAGUUGGGAAACAGUUAGCCUCUCAGAAAAUCCUUCAGCUGCUGCACCCACAUGUCAAGAACUGGGGGUCCUUACUGCGCAUGUAUGGCCGUGAAAGCAGCAAAAUGGUCAAGCAGGAGACUUCUGACAAGAGUGUGAUAGAGCUACAGCAGUAUGCCAAGAAGAACAGGCCCAACCUUCACAUCCUGAGCAAGCUGCAAGAGGAGAUGAAGAGGCUGGCGGCAGAGCGGGAGGAGACUCGGAAGAAGCCCAAGAUGUCAAUUGUAGCAUCUGCCCAGCCUGGUGGUGAGCCUUUGUGUACAGUGGAUGUAUGAGUGUCUAGGCUCUGGCUCUUCACAUGGAGACAGCUGUGACCACAUAGUACACAUGAAAAGAAGCAGUUCUGGAAAAGCUGCUCUCAAUGUGACUGGAUAUACAACGAUCAGCUAAAGUAACUGCACAAGUGGAAGCUGAUAGACAGCUGUAGUUCCUGCUUGUACGUAUCUGCUGCGAACUGUUUUUAUGAAGGUUUUCAUUAAUUUUAGUACACUAUAUGCACUGACAAGAAGUUAUACUUCGUUAAUAGAUGAGAUGCCCAGGUUUUAUAGCUUUGGCUAGCCUGUGAUGCCAGGUAGCCCCUUUGCUCAUGGUUCCUUUGUGGAGCCACUAAGACCUGGCCAGAAGGUGCAGGUAUCCUGUCCUGUAGUAUUACCUGCCUUGUGUGUUUCCCAUUUUCCUCUGAAAAGGUUAUAACAAAGGAAUAAUUCAGGCUAUUUUGGCUUAAAAUAAAACAGGAUUUCAGCACCAGAACUACUCUUCAGAGAUUGCACAGUGAAGAUACUGAACUGUCAAGAUACUGAUUGUUAAUCUGGUUGACCCUUGGGGUUACAGUCUACUUUUUUGAUGAAG